ACCACCAUGGAUCUGAAAGCUUGACACGUGUAUUACACGUCAUCAUUAAUCGAAAUCGACAAUUGAACCGGUUUAACCUAAAUUAAAAGUUUAAACUUAAACCGAAGAUUGAACCAGAUAAAAUCCAAAUCCCUAAAUUCCCAAAGUUCUAUUCCAAACAUCAGGCGCCAGAAAAAUUUUCGUGCCAUAAUACAGUCCUCGACCCAGGUUUGCUCGCGACUCUGACCUCUCCUCUCCGGCGUCUCCCCGGUUGUGUCGUCUCCAGCUCCGUUGUGUCAUCCUCCGACGAGUUCGUGUCUGCCUCGUAUCUCCGACGAGUUUGUGCUCCCGGCGAGUUCGUGUCUGUCGUCUCCCGUCGACCCUCUCUUCUCCAGCGUCUCUCUGUCGGUCUUCGAUUUGUUCGGAUCCUAGUUCCAAAUUCCUCUUGGUUGCUGAUGGAAAAACCUUUGCAACCUGUCGUUAUUCUGUUGUCGAAGAUAUCGACGAAAGAGAUGAGCCUUGUGAGUCCUGAUUCUCCUGUUCACUCGUCGAGCAGUGACGAUUUCGCCGCCAUUAUCGAAGCGGAGCUUCAGUCUGGUUCUGAUUCUUCUGAAUCGUCGCCCAAUGAAGAAAACGGGGACGAUGGUUCUGAAUCUGAAGAUUUGGAGCUUAAUAGAUCCAAAAGGCGCAGGGUUGAACACGCUGGGACUGUUGAGGACAUUCAGAGUUCGGCUUCAGUGGCGAUUGCAGAGGAAGAAAAAGCAGUAACGAGCUCGAGCGUGAACGAGUGCGAGCAUCCGGGCUCGUUCGGAGGUAUAUGUUUUGUCUGUGGGCAAAAGUUGGAGGAAUCUGGUGUUGCCUUUGGGUACAUACACAAGGGUAUAAGGCUUGAUCCUGAAGAAGUUGCUAGGUUACGUGAUUCGGACAUGAGAUUAUUGAUACGUCGUCGGAAGCUGUGUCUGGUUCUCGAUCUAGACCACACGCUUCUCAAUUCGACCACACUUAUGCAUAUGACACCUGAGGAAGAGUACUUGAGGAGCCGAGCACAUUCUCUCCAAGAUGUGUCGGGAGGAAGCCUCUUCUUGUUGGAGUUUAUGCACAUGAUGACGAAAUUGAGACCCUUUGUCCGAUCAUUUCUGAGUGAAGCGAGUGAGAUGUUUGAGUUGUAUAUAUACACAAUGGGCGAUAGGCCUUAUGCCCGGCAAAUGGCUAAGCUCCUCGAUCCGAAAGGAGAGUACUUUGGUGAUCGGAUCAUUUCCCGGGAUGAUGGUACGGUGAAACACCAGAAAAGUCUCGACAUUGUGCUGGGGCAAGAAAGCGUGGUUUUGAUUCUCGACGACUCAGAGAAUGCUUGGCCGAAGCAUAAGGACAAUCUGAUUUUGAUGGAGAGGUAUCACUUCUUCGCGUCGAGUUGCCAACAGUUUGGCCACAACUUCAAGUCUCUUUCACAGUUGAAGAGUGAUGAAAGCGAAACCGAUGGAGCACUUGCCACUGUCCUUAAAGUCCUGAAACGAGUCCACAGUAUAUUCUUCGAGGGCAUUAACGAUGACAAUCUUUCCGGUAGAGACGUGAUGUUGGCGCUUAAGGAAGUGCGGAAAGAGAUCCUGAAAGGAUGCAAAAUUGUCUUCAGCCGGGUAAUCCCGACCCACUGCAAACCCGCGAGCCAUCAUCUGUGGAAGAUGGCUGAGCAACUCGGGGCCACUUGCUCGGCGGACGUGGAUCCAUCGGUAACACACGUCGUGGCUACGGAUGUUGGAACAGAGAAGUCUCGGUGGGCGAUAAAAGAGAAGAAGUUUCUGGUUCAUCCAGGGUGGAUCGAGGCAGCCAAUUUCUUGUGGUGGAAACAGGCUGAGGAGAACUUUCCCAUCGAGCAGCCGAAGAAGCAGUAAUCUAUUCAGAUAAAACGCCAUUCUAACGAUUGAUAUGUGCAUAACUAGCUGAUGAUGAUUUUGAUUUGAGAUUAAUCCUAUGUUUUGUCUCGCAGAAUACAAUGUAGUUUCUCUGUUCAUUAGGAUGUGGUUUCUCUUUAGUUGUC